CUUUUAACCACUUCUGUAAGUCCUUUUUUACUUUUCUAGUAAAAUUUUAAAGUGAUGUUAUUUGUGUAAUGUGAUCUUCACCAACUGUGUUAUCCAAAGAGUAUGUUUAAAGCUAGUUACUAAAAGCUUGAUCUUAACCUUUAGAGAUUAAGAUAAAGAGUCCAGUCCUCUAUCCUUCAUAACUUUUUUGUCUUCUUGUAAGAUUUGAUUUUAACAAUACCUGUUCCAUGUGUUCUCAAGGGACAGAAGCAGUCAGUAGUUGAGAAGUGGUUGGCCAGGUGCUUACUAUUGUUCUGAGCUGAUUAUUUUCACUCUGAAGUGGUUCUACCAAGUGAAGUUUAGGCUGCCUGUUGGCUGUUGGCUGAUGGUAGUUUUUUUGUCUUAGGGAAUCUUUUUAGGUAAUGAACUGAGGGGUAAAGAGAGUGCACGGCAAGUCUGCUGUCACAUGCAAAUACUUAGAAAUGUGACUAAUUGUUUUUCUGGAGCCUGGUGUACUUGUUUUGGAUGGUAGCACAAAACCCCAAACCUUUGGUUAAACAUAUCUAACUUGUAUGCAGCUUAAUGUGACUGGCAAGAAACCUGUUUUGUUCUUUAAUAUUUUUGUGGCUUUUCGGCACACCAUCUUUAAUUCUUAAAUUGGUUUCCUUUGGAGCCUUAAAAAAAAAAAAAUUAAAAAUCCUCUCAUAAGAUGGAGGAUGAAAAAAAAUCAGGAAUCAGUUGUAAAAACACCUAAAAUAAGCUUUUCACUUCAAUUAUGUUCCUUAAGUAAAAAGUGUUUGGAAAUUAUUAGACCAUGGCUUUUAGUGUUUAGUCCUUGGCUGGUUUUGCAGUGAAAAAUGCAAAGUUAAGUGCUCCAAAGUUUUUGGUGUUUUUUUUUUUCCUUCUAUAAAAUAUACAAAAGUUAGUUACAACUUAAUAAUGUUAACUAGGUUUGUUUGUAACUCUGGAAUUAAUGGUGUUCUUUGAAGGGAGAGUAUCUCCUAUUUUCAAGUAACUUAGUGGUGCAGUGUCUUCAGAGUCUGAGCAGGGCUGGUGCUGUAAUUUAUUUGCAUAUAAAGUACCUUUAUUGCUAUUCUUGCUAUAAGAUAAUGAUUCUCUGCUUUCUGUCCAGAUUUGGCUGUGACUUGGUGCAUGGGUGUCAUUACACCUAAAGCUGCAUCAGCAGCUCUGUAGGGUUUGGCUUUGGGUUUUCUUGGUCAGCAUAAAUGUGGGCACAUUUCAGUGUUUUGUGGGAGCCCCUGUGCUUCUGCUCAGUGUGUGGGGUAUGAGCAGGGGUGAAGGCAAUGUUGUCCUGCCUCAGAUUUCCACAUUAGUGAGUGUGUUUGACUGGAGCCUACAAGAAGGAAGGCACACGCCUACACAAACUGUGUUUCCUUUAGUCAAGGAUAGAUACCACUCUGAUAGUUCAGCUCUUCUCUUUGUGUUUUGUGCUAAUCUUUUAUACUGACAAAAUUCAUACUUUGAAGGUACUGCUAAUUUUUUAAUUUGACAUAGUAAAGCUAGUAAUUAAUGUCAGCAAACUUGAAAAAAAUGCUUAGAAUUCUAAAAUUAUAUCAAGUCUUGAAAUCUGAAGACUUCAGUGAGGGCUGAAAGUCCCUGUGCCUAAAGGAGUGGUGCAAAGGGAAUGUAAUUUGUCUGAUCCUUGAAAACCUACUCACUGAAGUAGCUGUGCUCCUUAGUGUGUGUGUGUAUGCAAGUGGAAUCCUUGGCAGCACAUGCCCUUCCUUUGAAUGGUGUAGGUUGAGAACACAAGGCUUGAGGACCUAAUAUUUAAAAAAAAAAAAAGGAAGCAAAUGAAUAAAUUAAUUUAAAACAUCAAGCAUGAAGUCUGUAGUCAGGCAUGCAAGUCAGGCAAGGACAGAAUAAUUGCUUUCUCUUAUGUAUUGACAGAACAGAGAUGGGCUUGUGGGCACAGUGAUGUAUCUUCAAAGACACAGUGGUGUGAGUUUAGUUCUCUAUCCACGAGAUAGUUAUUAUUGGGCAGUGUGGGGUUUUAAUGUCAGUAGAUGCAACACUCAGGUAUUUAAGUCCUGAAGCUUUCAAUACCUAAGACUUGUCAAUGUUAAACCGUUAGUGCCAAAGGGAUUGACUGAGAAGUUAAAGAAAGCCAAGGUUACUUCUUCCUUGUCCAAGGUUAGUUCUGGUAACGUCACCUUGGACAAAAAGCACCAUUUCAGAGUGCAGAGAUACCCCUUUUUAUUAAAGGUGAUUAAUUUCCCCAAGACCAUUGUGAUUAAAACCUCCAACUGCAUGUUUGGGGAGAGAAGGGAGGGAGGAAUGUGAUGUGGCUGAUGUGCCUCUGUUUAUCAAAACAGAGGCAGCAAAGUUAGCUGAGGUAUGGGAAUGGGCUUGGGGUGUGUGCACUGCAUUGCCAUGUGGUGAGAAGGUGCCCUUUUGCUGCCCAAACUGCAGUGCCUCAGAGGAUGGCUGAUUCUCUGUAUCACUUUUUGUUGUCUUGCAUCCAGGGUAGUGUGUUUUAUGCUGUCACUGUUACCUGUAUUAACCUUUAAGCUUCUCCCUUUUAAAAACAAAAUGAAAAACAUUAAAAUAGAACCCAGAUUCUGUUGUUCAUGCUCAAAAGGUUCAGCCAAGUCCUUUGUCAGAAGACUCUCUAGUCUGGUAGUGGCACACCAGAGGUAAUUGCUGGAAGCUGAAGAUGAACUAGGAAGUGGGAAUAGGUGCAAAUAAACAUAAUUGCUUCAACACACAACUAAAGAAAAGGUUGAAUUCUUCUCUAAGAUUGAAAGCCUUUUUGAAGGCAGUGUUAGACAGCAGGGGUCAUUGUAGAUAAGAAGUGACUGGAUGGAUACUGGAUGGAUACAUAAUGACUCAUGAUGUUCAGGCAUAUGGUAUCCAGUUAUUCCUUCUGGUGUUCAGAGACUCCUGGGUUAAUGAAACUGUUCCACCUUUACAGUUUGGUCAGUAGAGCAGACAAGGAAAAUGGUGUGGGCUUAGUCUUUUUUCUGCACCAUUCUUCCUCAGUGUCAAGAGACUGAGAAGAGGAGACAGGACCAUCAUUCCUUAGGAUCCCACAGGUCCUUUAAGGAAUCUGAAGACAGUGGAUGUGUGAGGGCCUGUCAGCAAGCCUCAGUGCCCAUUCCAAGAAUUCUCCAGUACUGAAGAGAAGAAAAGAGGAAAAAACCCCACUAAAACAACAAAACCAGUUUUGUUGUCUGUCUCCCUUGCUGGCUUCAGUGCUGGCUGAAUGAUCAGCAGUGAAGUUGCCCUAAUGCCAAGACUAUGACAUGGUCCUCUUAAGCUCUGGUGCAGAAUCAGUCUGUUCUCAGCCUGCUUCUGGUGAAACUUGAAGGGGAGGAAUCUGUAUCCUCAUCUCCAUCUUGGGAAGUCUUCAGUCAUUCCUUUUUCUGUGUUGGAACACAACCUUUUGGAACUGAAGAUGGGAUCUCAAGGAUUUCUAGGAUUGUUCUCGCUACUCUGCAGGUUAUCAGGUACCUUGAACACCCAUGAUCCUUACUAAUCUUUUGUGGAAAUUGCACUGUCAAAUCCUUCAAAUAUGCCAUAGUAUCUGUAUGCACAGGUACCAUUGCUUAAAUCAGGCUGAGAAAGACAAGGUCAGCAGAAGAGGAGGUGAAAAUGCAUCAGCUUUUUCAGAGGGUAUUCACAUGAGGAAAAUUUAAGUCUUAGUGUACUAAGUGGUGUGGAAAGAUCUGAAACCCCAGCUGCACUCCAGCACUGCUGCAGGUGGCCUUCACAUGCUGAACUUUGACCUCAGGCUUUUACAAGCCUGUUCCCAGGGUUUUAGUACUUUGAAGAAAGUAAAGCCACCAGGACUGCUCAGCCCUAAAUGCCUACACCAUGGCCUGCUCCAGCCCUUUCCAGAUACAGCAGGCAUCCACCAGCAGACCUCUGUUCAGAGCCUGGGGCUCUUUUCCUUUGGCCAGAAGGACUUCAGCAAGCUCCUCUCUCCUGAUGCUGACUGGCUUAUCUGCCAUCUCCUCUUUCUGGGGAACGCUUCCAAACGAGUGCAGGGUCCAGGCAUAGCCACCUACCACCCUCCUAAGGGGGACUUGGCAGUCACAUUUUCAUGAGUAUCCCGAGAUCCAAGAUAAGCUGUGUUGAAGAAAAGACUCAGAUAUCUUGGAAUUGCAACCAUUGUGUGGCUCUGCCCAGUAAAAAGCAUUUUGGUUUCCAGUUGGCAGUUUCUUGGAGACGGCCUUUUGGAAGGUGUAUUGGACAGCAAGUCCUGUUCCAAAAUAUUGAUUCCAACUUCAGUGAUCCCCUGCCUUAUGGUUGCUUCUGCAGCAGUGGGACAGGGUGGAUGUUUCAAAUCCCUCUGAACUGCUGAAAUCCCAAGCUGGUCAUUACUGGCUGGUAUUGUAACCAUCGGUCCAGCGGCUUGUGAGUUUUAAGAGCAGCUCUGCUGGCUUGUUUGAGCCUCUGCUUCAAGAUGAUUGGAAUUUGGAGAUGCACUUUUCACUACUAUAAUGGAAGUAAAACAUGAAAAUAUGGGAACCAAAAUUCAUUAGCUUUAAUUUCUGUGAUGGAUUCUGCUAAACCAAAGCUGACCUAAAUAGAAGAGUUCGGGAGGGAUGUUUUCAGUUGUGCCUUGUGUUAUCAAAGGCUUCAGCUGUGAGCUGAAAUUUCUUGUUGGUUUUGCAAAUGAUAGUUAUUUAUCUGUAAAUAAGUUGAAACAGUAUCAUACUACUUGUAAUAUAGGUAAGGUAUUUAGCGCAUUAAUUUUUGAUUGGGGCCAAAAUGUGUGUUUCAAGAUAUGAUUCUUUUCUUCCAGGUAUGUGUUUUGAUUUACUCAACUUCCAAGCUGAUGUUAAAUAGAAGUUUUCUGGCAUCUGCUUUUCUUCCUUGUUCAAAAGGGACAUUUCAGUAGAGAUGCUUCUUGGUCCCAGUCCCUUAAUUCAAACAUGUAACUUUACAGAGUGUAUAAGUCAUUGAAGCUCCUUUAGACAUUGCUUUAAUGAAAAAUGAAGAGCAAGACAUCAAUUUGAGUCUCACUGAACCACUGUGUAUUUUCAUUUGUUUUC